AUGGGGAGAUUGACAAGCACAAAGCCAGCUGCACAGAAUGAUUGGUCCAUUUACCAACUCGACGUGAAGUCUGCCUUUUUAUAUGGAGAGCUCAAUGAACAAGUGUACAUUGAUCAACCCCCUGGAUAUGUGCAAAAAGGAAAAGAACAGAAGGUUUACAAACUAAAAAGGGCUUUAUACGGACUAAAACAGGCUCCGAGAGCUUGGUAUAGUCGUAUAGAGUCACAUUUCUUGAAGACUGGAUUUAUCAAGUGUCCUUAUGAGCAUACCUUGUUUGUCAAACAUGGUCAAGAAGGGAAGAUUCUUAUUGUGUGUCUUUAUGUGGAUGAUUUAAUAUUCACAGGAAAUGGUGCAGAUAUGUUCAAAAACUUCAAGAAGUCCAUGAUGGAGGAAAUUGAGAUGACAGACUUGGGGAAAAUGCACUACUUCCUUGGAAUUGAAGUGAAGCAGUCAAGCAAUGGGAUUUUCAUUGGACAGAAGAAAUAUACUGAGGAGAUUCUCAAAAGAUUUCAUAUGGAAGAUUGCAACUCUGUUCAAAAUCCCAUAGUUCCAGGAACAAAGCUCGUCAAGGAUGAGGGAGGAGAGAAAGUCGGCAGCACUCACUUCAAGCAAAUAGUGGGAAGUUUAAUGUAUCUACCUGCUACAAGGCCUGAUUUAAUGUUUCCUAUGAACCAUAUUAGCAGAUACAUGGAAUCACCCACUGAACUUCAUUUUCAAGUAGCUAAGAGAGUUUUACGCUAUUUGAAAGGAACAACUGAUCUUGGUCUAUUUUACAAGAAGAAAACUGGAGCAAAGCUGAUGGGAUUCAACGACAGUGACUAUGCUGGGGAUCUUAAUUAUAGGAAAAGUACAUCUGGAUACGUAUUUCUAUUAAGUUCAGCUGUUGUAGCUUGGUCUUCGAGAAAACAACCUGUUGUCACUCUCUCUACAAUAGAAGCUGAAUUCAUAGCUGCAGCCUCAUGUGCAUGCCAAGCUGUUUGGUUUAGAAGGAUACUCGAAGAAUUGUGUUUUAUAUAG